GUGAGCAGCUGUGGGUUUGGGGGGCACCCUUUGCUCCCGCCAGCUCCUGGCUGUUGCCCCGGGUCUGCGGGAGGGAUCCCUUUCCAGGCCUUCCCUCCCAUUGACCCAAACCGUUGCGGACUGAGCGGAUCGCCGCGAGGAUUAUCUUACACUGAAGCAAUCAAGUAGUUUAAAAAUGACUUCAAAACUUCUCCGGGUGUCCUUCAUGCUUGCUGCAUUAACACUUUCAGUUACAUUUUCUCUCCAAUCAGACCAGCCAAAGGUUCUGCUAGUUUCAUUUGACGGAUUCCGUUGGGAUUAUUUAUAUAGAGUUCCAACACCCCAUUUUCACUAUAUUAUGAAAUACGGUGUCCAGGUGCAGCAAGUUACUAAUAUUUUUAUUACAAAGACCUACCCUAACCAUUAUACUUUGGUCACUGGCCUCUUUGCUGAGAAUCAUGGUAUUGUGGCAAAUGACAUGUAUGACCCUAUUCUGAACAAAUCUUUCUCCUUGGAUGACAUGGAUAUUUAUGAUUCUGAGUUUUGGGAAGAAGCGACACCGAUAUGGAUCACAAAUCAGAGGGCAGGACACACGAGUGGUGCGGCCAUGUGGCCUGGAACAGAUGUCAAAAUACAUGGAAACUUUCCCACUCACUGCAUGCCUUACAAUGACUCCGUUUCAUUUGAAGACAGAGUUGCCAAAAUUAUUGAGUGGUUUACAUCAGAAGAGCCCAUCAAUCUUGGUCUUCUUUAUUGGGAGGAACCUGAUGAUAUGGGUCACCAGUUGGGACCAGACAGUCCGCUCAUGGGGCCUGUCAUUUCAGAUAUUGACCACAAGUUAGGAUAUCUCAUACAAAUGCUGAAAAAGGCAAAAUUGUGGAACGUUCUGAACCUGAUCAUCACAAGUGACCAUGGAAUGACGCAGUGUUCCCAGGAGAGGAUCAUAGAGCUCGACCAAUAUCUGGAUAGAGAGCACUACACCCUGAUUGACCAAUCGCCGGUGGCCGCCAUCUUGCCCAGGGAAGGCAAAUUUGAUGAAGUCUAUGAAGCACUAGCUCAAGCUCAUCCUAAUCUGACUGUUUACAAAAAGGAAGAGGUUCCGGAAAGAUGGCAUUACAAACACAACAGUCGAAUUCAGCCCAUUCUCGCAGUGGCUGACGACGGCUGGCAUAUUUUACAGAAUAAGUCAGAUGACUUUCUGUUAGGCAACCACGGGUACGACAAUGCAUUAGCAGAAAUGCAUCCCAUUUUCUUAGCCCACGGUCCUGCCUUCCGAAAGAAUUUCACAAAAGCAGCCAUGAACUCUACAGAUCUGUACCCCCUGCUCUGCCACCUGCUCAACAUCACUGCCCUGCCUCACAACGGAUCACUCAGCAACGUUCAGGAUCUGCUCAGUUCACCGACUCCAAGAGCAAGUCCUAAUACCCAGACCCCGCCUCUCCUCCAUGCUAGUGUGAAACCAAGAGAAAAUGAACAAGACGAGUCAUAUGCUUAUUUCAUAGGGGUCUCUCUCGGUAGCAUUAUAGUUAUUGUGUUUUUCAUAGUUCUUAUUAAACAUUUAAUUCAAAGUCAAAUACCUGCCUUACCAGAUUUUCAGGCUGAAAUAUCUCAACCAUUAUUACAAGCCUAAUGCUUCUGUGAUGUGAAGAUGGCAUAGUUAUGUCAGUGUUUAAAGGUUUCAGAUUCUAGGGAACUAGCUUCAGACAUUUGCACAGACGGUUAAGCAGUUAUGUAAUAUACAGGGGCAGUCACACACACAAACACACACACACACACGGACCAAAAUAUACUGACCUGCAAAGGAUGAAAGAUGGGGAAGUAUAUUUCCAUUGUUCUCUCUGGCUUCCAGUAGAUAAGAUCCUGCUUUAUUUGUACUUGGCACAUACAAUGUAUAUAUUUAGCAACUUUGCACUAUUUGAAGUACCUUACAUAUUGCACUUUACUCUCCUAAUGGUACUUUUAUGUGAAAUGCACUUUAUUGACAAUUAUGUCUUAUAAUUCAGUAGAAAAAGACAAAUUUUACACCUAUGUCCCAGAAUACUUGUUAUUCCUUGUUCUAAUGGAAUGAAAUUUCUAAUAAUUCCUGAAUAAUGUAGAAAUAUAUCUUCUUACAUUGGGAGAAUGGGAAGAAAGUGAAAACUGUUGAAAAUGAAAUGUGAUGACCUUUGAACGUUGGAUUUCAAAGAGAUGGGUUCCCAAAGCAGGGUGCAUCUGUGAGCACUCCUUGUCAUAUUUCUUUCCAUACGACAUGGGUUUUCAUCUUAUUUCCCCCACAAAACAGAGAUCCAGAUGCUGCUGGAUUCAUUCUAGGCAUAUCAUUUCCAUCGUGACAUUCAUUAUUGCUACUUCCUGAUGUAGUCAUUUUACUCUGAUUUUGAUAAUAAAGACACCAUGAAUAUACAUUUGCUUCCUCUCAAGUCUAGCCCUGCCCUAGAAGGGUAGAAGGGACCAGGCAUCAUCUCAGCAGUGUUUUCUCUUGCUCUGUAAUUAUUUGCUUCCUUGAAAAAUAAAUCACUAGUAAUUGCAUUAAAAAUCAGAUUAGAUCAAAGAGUGUUUUGUUUCUGGUAACCUGUAGUGACAGAGCCUUUAGGUUUGAGCAUUUGAAGGUCCAGCAUUGCAAGAGAGCACAAAAUAUAUUGGGAAAAAUGUCAGCCACACAAUCCUUGAAAAGAACUGUGUGGAGCUUGGGGAAAAUAAUUAGGAGUUUAGGGGAAAAAAAAAUUAGGCAGGACCAGUGUUUGCAAUGUACCCAGGACAGCGCUAAAGGGUGCCUGGUGGCAAAAUUUAGUGAGAUAAUACCUAGAGGUAACAGGUAUUGAAAUAAGAGAAGUUGAGAUUAUAGCCUUGUUUCCUUGAAAUAUUUGAAUACCUACUCACAUAUGCUCAGUGGAAUCAAAGAUGAAUCCAGGUUCACAAACAGACAUUACUCCUCAGUAGGACUUUUCAUUCACAAAAGACUUACUCUCCUCAGUAGGGUUUUUCACCUGCCUGGUCAUCUCAGCUCCUCAUUCCCACCAUGGAAAGCUGUGCUUUUGGUCUCUUAAGUACUUUGGUUGGGGAGAGGGUAGUAUUACUGGUGGUUUCUUAGAGGAAGGAGGAAGCCCCAGAAUAGCUUUCCUUGAAGAAAACAGAAACCAGCUUAUAGACAUGUGGCCCAUAGAUAAUACUAUGAUUUUGUGUAUAUUUAUGUACCCACUGGCAAAGAAGUAGGUAAAAUGUCAAAAGUAUUCAAGAAAGAAACUAUAAAUUUGAGGGAAAGAACAAAAGUGGCAGAGUGGAAAAUAUAAUUAAAGUGCUUCCUAAAAUCAGGUGAAUGAUUUUUAAAUGAUGCCAAUAAAGAGUGUUAGGACCUAAUUCUUAAUACAACCUCUUAAUGGGAUAGAAUGAAAUCACUGGAAAUGUAUCAGUAGUAUAGAUUAAGAAGCUGAGACAUGAGAUGGUAGACAGCUAACUCCUCAGGAGGUCUGAACUCUGGAUUAGACAUUUUAGAAUAUGCGACUUAUUCAUAUUGGCUUGCUUUAUAGCAAUCAACUGAUCUGUGUGAUUCAGAUGCCAAAUCUAAUGACCUGAAGAUGAAAUUGGUCUAUUUAAAAGCAGUUACUAUUCAAGUGCAAUCUGUGUAUGUAAAUUAAUUGCUGUGUUAAAUUCAUUUUAGAGGGUGCUAUGACGACUUUAGUGGUAAGAAGAGAGUGAAUUCUGUAACGCUGAUGAAAUCAUUAAAACUCUGAUCUGAAGAUUUGAUUAUUGAAUGGUUCUUUUAUUUACAGAUACUUAUUUUCCUGUAAAAUAGCAGCUGGAGAGUUUACCUGAAAGAAAAUAAAAUUUUACACUUUGCUGGGAAAA